AUGGCAGGUGAAAUGCGUCCGUCGAUCGCGCAAUUCUACGCCGGUAAGAACGUGUUCAUCACCGGUGGAUCGGGCUUCAUUGGGAAAUGCGUGAUAGAGAAGCUGCUGAGAACCUGCCCCGACGUCGGAGGACUCUACCUUCUGAUGCGACCGAAGCGCGAUAAGACGCCAGAGGAACGACUGCAGAAAGUUCUCGAGUCUGAUGUGUUUGUUCCUAUAAAAAAUGAAACACCCGAGGUCCUCAAAAAGCUGCACAUCAUCAGCGGAGAUGUCAUUGAACCACAGCUCGGCAUGUCCGACAGUGACUACGAGCUGCUAACUGACAAAAUCAACGUCAUUCUUCACCUGCGGCAGCAGCGGCAGCAGCGGCAGCAGCGGCGGAGGCUCACAGGAACGCUGCGCCGAUGCCACGUGACCGCCGACGUGACCGCGCACACGAAUGCUCUAAGAAUUAACACGCUUGCUGUUAAAGAUCUGAUAGCGAUCGGCAGGAACUGCAAACAUCUUGAGGCCAUCGUUCACACAUCUACAGCGUUUGUACAGCCAUCACUUAAUCUAAUAGAGGAAAAAUUCUACGAAUUUCAAGGCGACUACAGCGAUAUUAUCACCACUGUGAUGGAUGGCGACGACGCGGCAGCGGAACGUAUAACCCCAGAGCUUCUUGGCGACGCACCAAACACCUACGUCUACACAAAACACAUGGCAGAAUGCAUGUUGGCGGACGAGGCGAGUGACCUUCCGAUAGCUGUCGUCAGGCCAACCUUGGUGACCUCCACGUGGAAGGACGACCCGAUAUGCGGCUGGACGAGUUCGAUGGCUCACCUGAGCGGUAUCUUUAUCAUUGUUGCAAGAGGCUACUUGCGAGUGAAGCUGGCACAACCUGAUAUUGAGGUAGACAUCAUACCCGUGGACCUCGUGUCGAACUGCAUCAUUGCAGCAGGUUGGAGGCUGGGCACCAACAAGCCCACCCCCACGAUUCCCAUCUACAACAGCAGCAGCACGGGGUUCCAGCGGAUGACCUGGGGCGAGCUUAGUAAGUUUCAACAGACGUAUAAACGAUAA